GCCCCGCCCCUGGAUGCCGCUGUGCCCCGGCGCGGCCGCCGCCGAUCGCAGCGCAGGAGCCGCCGCCGCCGCCGCGGUUGAUGUGGUUGACCCGGGGCUGAGGAGGCCGCCAAGAUGCCGCAGUCCAAGUCCCGGAAGAUCGCGAUCCUGGGCUACCGGUCUGUGGGGAAAUCCUCGUUGACGAUUCAGUUUGUCGAAGGCCAAUUUGUUGACUCCUACGAUCCAACCAUAGAAAAUACUUUCACAAAAUUGAUCACAGUCAAUGGACAGGAGUAUCACCUUCAACUUGUAGACACGGCUGGGCAGGAUGAAUAUUCCAUCUUUCCUCAGACAUACUCCAUAGAUAUUAAUGGUUAUAUUCUUGUGUAUUCUGUUACAUCAAUCAAAAGUUUUGAAGUGAUCAAAGUUAUCCAUGGCAAAUUGUUGGAUAUGGUGGGGAAAGUACAAAUACCUAUUAUGUUGGUUGGUAAUAAGAAAGACCUACAUAUGGAAAGGGUGAUCAGUUAUGAAGAAGGGAAAGCGUUAGCAGAGUCUUGGAAUGCAGCAUUUUUGGAAUCUUCUGCUAAAGAAAAUCAGACUGCUGUUGACGUUUUUAGAAGGAUAAUUUUGGAGGCAGAAAAAAUCGAUGGGGCCGCUUCACAAGGAAAGUCUUCCUGCUCGGUGAUGUGAUUCUCCUGCAGAACCUGGACGCUGGGGCCCAGUCCCGCCUGAGGAAGCCAACUGCCCGUCAUCCUUCACGAUAAACUGCUUCAUUUCUCUUCUGUUAACCUGAAAGAUUUCAUUUGGGUCAGAGAUUCUCCCCCACCCCUCCUUUCAGAUUAUGUUCAACUCUGACUCUGUCCAAAUGAGUUCACUUCCAUUUUCAAAUUUUGAGCAAUCAUAUUUUCAAUUUAUAUAUUGUAUUUCUUAAUAAUAUUAUGACCAAGAAUUUUAUCGCAUUAAUUUUUCAGUGUAGUUUGUUGUUUAAAAUAAUGUAAUCAUCCAAAUGAUACAUAUUGUUACACUACUAUUAACUAGGCUUCGAUAUAUCAGUGUUUAUUUCAUUGUGUUAAAUGUAUACUUGUAAAUAAAAUAGCUGCAAACCUU